UUUUUGACAACACAGCCCAUUCAAGUCUCAAACUCACUAUGGAAAACACAGGUGAAACAGCAGCAACAACAACACUAGCAGUUUCAGAAAACCCAGAAAACUCAAAAAAGCAAGAAACAGAGAAAGUGAUGAAUGGCAUCUCCUCCUCUUCUUGUUCAUCCUCAGAUGCAGCAACACAUUACUACAUUUCAAUCCCAAGAACAUCAAUUUACAUUCUAGUAUUUCUCUUUAUAAUCGGUGUUGGAGUUUCACUCUUCAUCCUUAUUGAAGUUCACAAUGCCCUCUUCUUCCUCGCUUCUCUUUCUCUCUCCUCCAUUGUUGCCUCCUUUCUUAUCUGGAAUACUAUCUGCUUCCGCCGCAACACCUCCCUCCUCCGCUUCCUCCGCUCCUUUCCUGUCUCCAACCUCCGCUUCGCCCGUCAUGGCCAGCUCGUCAAAAUUACUGGGCCAGUUUCAUGCGGUGAUGUUUCAUUAGAAACAUCUUAUGAGAAGGUUGGUAGAUGCGUUUACACGUCUACUCUUUUGUAUGAAUAUAUAGGAUUUGGAUUCAAGGCUUUGAAUGUUAAACAACCAUUUCUUUGGAGAUUAGCCGAUUCUGAGAGAGUCUGUACAGAUUUCUACAUAUCUGACGAAAACUCAGGUAUCCGAACUUUGGUAAAAGGUGGAUAUGGAUGUAGACUCAUUCCCCUUAUCGUUGAGAGCAAGCUUGUAUACACAAGUAAAAACAGAAUUCUAUCCCCCGACUUGACAAAAUGGCUAACAGACAGAAACCUUGCAACCAAUUCUCGGGUGAUACGCCUUGAAGAAGGCUAUAUAAAAGAAGGUGACUGUGUUACUGUCCUAGGCAUGCUGCAUAGAGGUGGUGAUGAUAUUGCAAUGGUUGUUCAGCCACCAGAACUCAUCUCUACAGGUUGUCUGUGGCAAAGACUACUCUUACCUGUCAAUUUCGACGGCCUUCUUCUCGGCCUCCUCUGAUACCACUGACACUGCUGAUAAAAGUAAUCAGCAUUCAUGAUCAAGUGCUUAACCCAACAGUAGUAACAUUGCAAGGAUUUUGACUUCCAUUUUGUAAACAUGGUUCAGGGUUUCUGUUGAAGAAGUCAACAGGGAUGCAUUACCAUUAAAACUUGCAAAGUUCAGUAGUAUCAUGCUGAAUUGAUGAUGCGGCAUAUUCUGCAGAUAGGAUUAAAGUGGUUGCGGUUACGGUUUUCACCACCAUUAUUUUGAAUGUGAAAUGAACAGAAUCCUAAUUAUGAAGAGACUGUUAAGUUGUUCAUUUUCAUUUUCAUUUUCAUUACUCUUUUGCCAUAAGAUUUAGUUGUUGAUCCUUUUUUUUCAUGAAUACUUGUAAUAGUUUGACUGGUACACUUACUUAAUACUCCAUACACUUUUGACCAUAA